AGUAUUGGAGGGUCUUUUGCUUCUUCUUUGAGCUUUCUCGCGAGGAGAGAGUUGAAGUGUUUUUUUUUUUCCCGCUAGGCUUAGAUGGGCUGCUGCUCGAGCAAAGGCGCUAUUCGAAAGCGGGCAGUCAAAUGGAAGGCGACGGGAAUUGUGGGCCUUCGAGAUUCGCGUUUGAAGUCAAUCCCGAGCGAAGUCUUCGAGAUCGCCAAGGUGGUCAGGACUCUGGAUGCGUCUUGCAAUAAGAUAGGUGAGCUCCCGCUUAGCAUCGACUCCCUCCACAAUCUCCAAAGACUGAUCCUUGUAGAAAACAGCUUGACAAGGCUCCCUUCAACUUUCGUCAAGCUCACGUCGCUCAAAACGCUCGCUCUUGAUUCAAACCAAUUAUCCGAGCUCCCGGACGAGAUUGGGCUUUUGGUGCGAUUGGAACGCUUGUCUAUUGCAAGCAAUCACUUGUCCUCUUUGCCGAGCUCCAUGGGAAGCCUACGAAACCUGGUUAUUCUCGAUAUCAGCCAAAACCAGGUGAAAGUCCUCCCAGAAUCCAUAGGCAGCUGUUUCUCGCUCGAAGAAAUCCAAGCAAGUGGAAAUAGGAUCGAGCAGCUGCCACAGUCACUGAGCAAUCUAAGCCAUCUCAAAACGCUGGUACUCGCGGAGAACAAAAUCUCUCAACUGCCGAGCUCCCUUUUGAAGAGCUGUAGCGCCUUGCAAACUCUGUCGCUUCACGGCAAUCCCAUCACUGUGGAAGAUCUUCAUCGGAUGGAUGGUUUCGAGGAAUUCGAAGCUCGCAGGAGGAAAAAGGUUGACAAGCAACUUGACACAAACGUAGUCACAAACUCAAACUUUUUUGACGAUGGCAUUGACAGAAACACUACGUAAUAAACCCUGUAUCAAAUCUUUGUCUAACUUCCACAAGAACGUGUAAGUUUACGUGGAGUUUGUCAAAGAAAUCGAUAUCAUACGCGAAACUGUCCAAGAAA